GGUGAAAGCUAUAAAAGCGAGCGGAAAAUUAAUUUCGGGUUUCAGUUGGUGUUGUACUGCGUGAGAAAAAUCAGUUUGCUGGUUGAAAAUUUGUAUAGAAAAAAAAUCCGAGUACUGAGAUAUUAAAAAAAUUAAGUGCAUUUAAAUUGAAUUAUAUAAAACAAUAUAUUCCUUCAGCCACAACCUUUUCGAAAUAUAUAAACUAAUCAAAUAAUUAACUAGAAAGGGCUAAAAACAUUAAAGGCGUAUUUGAGGAUAUUCUUAUGAAAGAAGUUUGAAAUCAGUGAUAUUGAAAAAGGUGGAUAAUUAUGGCAAAAUUGUAUUUGUGUUUGAGUUUGCUGCUUCUGUUGAAAGUCUUAGCCUGUUCGGAAGCUUCUCCAACGACGUGCAGUUAUACAUCGCUCAGUGGUGCAGCGCCAGUGGUCUCCUAUGACGCCGCCGCUGAUAAGAGCGUGGAAUAUGUGGAUUAUGGCAGCAAUACGAAUGGAAUUUGCAUACAACGAGCGAGGUGUAAUAAGGAAUUUGCGACGCAAGUACUAAAAUGCAGUGACCUCCGAAUAACCUGUGAAAAUCGCAUAUUAUUUGAAGGCGAAUUCCCAGCCUGUUGUAUCAAAUGCUAACAUUUAUAUGAAAAAUUUAUGAAAAAGCUCUAAUAGAAUAAAUUGAAAGUUUCAAGUUGAAAACUGUUUUCAAAAUUUUA